AUGGGGGUGGUAAGAAUAUAUGAUAACUAUUUUGUCUAUUAUACAUGUUUUAUUGAUAUAGGUGCUUUUCUUAUACCAUAUUUUUGUAUAUAUUUUCUUGUUGGAACACCACUUUAUUUUCUUGAAUUAUCACUUGGUCAAUUUACUAGUCGUAGUACAACGGCUGCUUUUACAAUGUCACGUAUGUUCAAAGGAGUUGGUUGGGCAACGGCAAUUAAUGCUUUUUUUGUUUCACUUUAUUAUAAUGUAAUUAUUGCUUGGUGUCUAUUUUAUCUUUUUGCUUCAAUGCGACGAACACUUCCAUGGAGUUAUUGUGGAAAUUGGUGGAAUACAGGACGUUGUUUAAAUGCAGAUGGAUCGUCUAACUCAACAGAAAAUUUUCUCUGUCUUGCUACUAAUCAAUCAAAUAAUUGUUCAUCACCUGUAUUUUCACCUGAAGAAUAUUUUAAUAAUUAUGUUUUGCGAAGAAGUGAUUCAUUGGAAGAAAUUGGUUCUCCAAUUUGGUCUCUUACACUAUGCUUACUAUUAGCAUGGAUAGCUGUUGCUCUUUGUCUUGUUAAAGGCAUUAAAUCAACUGGCAAAGUUGUUUAUUUUACUGCAUUAUUUCCUUAUGUAGUAAUUAUUGCUUUGAUUGUUCGUGGUGCAACUUUACCAGGUGCAAAAGAUGGAAUUAUAUUUUAUUUAAAACCAAAUUGGAGUAAAGUUUCUGAAUUUAAUGUUUGGAUUGCAGCUGCUGUUCAAGUUUUCUUUUCCCUUGGAGUAGCAUUCGGUCCAAUACUUUCUUAUGCUAGUUUUAAUAAGUUCAAAUCAAAUUAUCUUAAAGACUGUAUUGUUGUUACAAUUUGUGAUUGUUUUACUUCAGUAUUUGCGGGAUUUGCUGUUUUUUCAGUUCUUGGUUUUAUGUCAUUCAAAACGGGUUUACCUGUUGAAAAAGUAGCUCAAAUUGGACCAGGUUUAGCUUUUAUUGCUUAUCCACAAGCAUUAUCAAUGAUGCCUAUUAGUGUAUUUUGGGCAAUUUUAUUCUUUAUUAUGCUGCUUACACUUGGUCUUGACUCGCAGUUUGCUCUUUGUGAUGUAUUAAUAUCUGGUCUACUAGAUACUUUUACGAAACUACGGCGUUAUAAAAUAUUUGUUGUAAUUGGAUAUUGCAUCGUUGGCUUUUUAUUAGCACUUCCAAUGUGCACACCGGGUGGAAUUUAUUUAUUCGUAUGUUUUAAUAAUUUUAUGGAAGAUAUUCGUAUGAUGUUGAAUAGACGGCCAUUAGAACCUUAUUGGUUUAUUACUUGGUGUAUAUCAGGUCCGAUUAUCAUUCUUAUUGUUUUCUUUGCAUCAUUAAUACAAUUUCAACCACCAAAGGAAGGAAAUUAUGUAUAUCCACCAUAUGCAAAUGCUAUCGGUUGGCUUUUUGUUUGUGCAUCGCUUAUAUUUAUACCUAUUAUUAUGAUCCAUGAACUUAUUAAAGCAUGGAAAGCAACAAAGAAUUAUCAAAAUCAAAUUUCGAUUUAUAUGCCACAUUACUUACGAAUGUUAACAUAUGCAAGUCAACCACAGGAUGAUUGGGGACCAGCAAGAAAAGAAAAUCAAUGUGAUCGAUAUGAAGCACUGAAUAAAAAAACAACAGUACCUAUUCAUAUUGAUAAUGCUAUUGAUUCUCAAAUUGACUGA